CUUUAGAUAACAAUAUAAAUGAAAACGUACCGUUUGAAACACGUUUAGUUGUUGUUUAUCUUCGGUGGGUGUGUGCUCUUUUAUUGCCAAAAAUGUGCUCCAAGACUAUUUUGUGUGCCAUCUUUGUGAUAUGUGUAAAUGUGACGAUGGGGUCGGAUCGCCCUCACAUUGUUUUUAUUAUGGCAGAUGAUCUUGGUUGGAACGAUGUCGGUUUUCACGGAAGCGAUCAAAUUCCCACACCAAACAUUGAUGUGUUAGCAUACAAUGGUAUUAUUCUCAACCAGUACUACUCUCAACCACAAUCCACAGCAUCAAGGGCAGCUUUAUUAACAGGGACCUACCCCAUAAGAAUGGGAUUAAAUGGCAAGCCAUUAACGGCCGCACAACCUGCGUCUAUUCCAGCAAUGAAACUUAUGCCGGAAUACUUUAAGGAACUUGGUUAUACUACGCAUCUUGUGGGAAAAUGGGGUGUCGGUUACGAAAGAUGGAAUAGUACUCCAACUUACAGAGGUUUCGACAGCUUCUUUGGUUUUUAUAACGAGUUCACGAGCUAUUACGAUUACUUAUCAACGUGGACGUUGAAAAAUACCAGUUACACCGGCUUCGACUUACGUAAGGGAACAGAACCAGCGUGGGAGUUUGCAGGGCAAUACGCAACCGAUGUAUUUACGGACUAUAGCGUAAAACUAAUACAAAAUCAUGACCCCAAUCUACCACUAUUUAUGAUUCUGUCUCAUUUAGCAGUUCAUUCUGCUAAUGAAGGUAAACUACUGGAGGCCCCCCAGGAGGCAAUAAACAAAUUUAAACACGUAUAUGAUUCCAACAGAAGAACUUACGCAGCAAUGGUUUCAAAAUUAGACGACAGUGUCGGUUUAAUUGUCGACGCAUUGGAAAAGAAGGGUAUGCUGCAGAACAGCGUAAUAGUGUUCGUCUCAGACAACGGUGCACCAACAAUUGGUCGAUUUCGAAAUUGGGGUUCCAACUAUCCACUUAGAGGCAUCAAAAGUACACUUUUCGAAGGCGGUGUCAGAGCUGUAGGAUUUUUGUGGAGUCCACUACUGGUGCAAAGUCAAAGGGUGUCUAGCGAACUGAUACAUGUUACUGACUGGAUGCCAACGUUGUAUUCGGCAGCAGGAGGAGACAUUUCCUUAUUAGAUCCCAAUAUGGACGGGUUGGAUCAGUGGUCUAGUCUGGUUUACGAUUUGUCAUCUCCAAGGACGGACAUGUUAAUUAAUAUUAACGAUCAGGAAAGAGCGGCUGCGUUGCGGUUUCAUAACUGGAAGUUAGUACUUGGUGCACCGAUCCAUCCAGGUUUUGACGAUCACAUCGGUGAUUCGGGGAAAGGGAUUCUAUAUGAAGUUAAAUACAAUACUUCAAAUGUUUACAACAGCCCGGCUGGUAUAAGUAUAGCGAAAGUGAGUUAUACAAUAACAGCAGCUGAAGAAUAUAGACUUUUAAGAGGUCAAGCUAUCGUUAGGUGCGCCAACCACAGAGGGAAAGCAAAUCCUUGUGAUCUCGAAAGCGGUGAGGUGUGCCUAUACGACAUACUUAGAGAUCCUUGCGAAGAGAACAACCUGGCGAAAUACUUUCCGAAUGUAGUGCGAAGCAUGAAACGAGCUUUAGUGGAGUACAAAUCAGGCGCGGUGCCUCUUGUUAGCAAGGAACCGGACAUAGAAAGGGCCGACCCCAAACUUUUCCAAUACACUUGGAAUCCGUGGCUUGAUUGUGCCGAUGCGACUUGUAAAGUGUAAAUGAAUAUGUACAUAAAUUCUUGUAAUCCUUUUGAUAAUUUAAUGCAAAGUGGGGUAGUUGUUUUAACCAAUUUUCUAUGAUGACGCUAUACUAUCGUAUUAAUUAGGAAUAAAAUUGUUGUUCUUAAUAAAAUGUGCUCACGAAAUUGUUUGUAAACCCGUAUGAUACUAAAUUGUUACUAAAUUAUAUUUGACGUGCCUAUUA